AUGACUGCCGAAUCAUCCAAAGGUUGUAUUGCAUGCGGAUGGUCGGUUGACCAGCAAGAUCAAUGCUUCUAUUCAAGUCAUGUCAAAUUAUUUUAUGGGGCAAGCAGACGGGGUGUUUGGUCGAUUGGGUCCGAAGUGAUUAUGAAAGAACGUUCUGACGAGGGUCCAAAGAACGAAGUGAAAACACUCCAAUACCUUGAAAGCUACCCUGAUAUCCCAGUCCCAAAGGUUCUGCGUGAUUGGGUCGAUAGCAAUGGGCGAUAUUUCGUACUCCAAGAACGGAUUCAAGGACAAACACUCGAGCAGGCUUGGCCCUCAUUGUCAGAAACCCAGAAACUCGCUAUCGCAGACCAAGUGAUUGGGGUUCGCAAUCAGCUGCGACAAAUCACGUCGAAUUCCAUACAGAGUGUCGAUCAAAGCCCUUGCUUCCCUAGCUUGCUUUUCUCUGACAGAGACUCUCAUGGACCUUUCCAUUCCGACCUUGAACUCUGGGAAGCCAUAAGCCUAACCCUUCACAAUCCACCUGAAAGAGCAUUUCCUCUUCAAGCCUUGGAAAGCAGCCUAUUUAAAGACGGAGCUUUGGCCGGAAUACUCGAUUGGGAGUUUGCUGCAUUUUAUCCUGUGUGGUACGAGUAUGUCUCGGCCUCUUGGGGAUGGACUGAGGAAGAUGCUGAGUGGAAGAAGCUACUCCAAGAGCGUUUCCAUGUCCAUGGUGAUGCUCAUGAUGACGCAAAGAAUUUCUGGAGGAUUUUGCGUCAAAUGCGAAAGUACCCAAAUUUAGAUGCAAAAGGCCAAGAGGUCUUGGAGGGCGCCCCCAACACUGAGGAGUCCUGGAAAGAUUUGGCGUCACAUUGGACCAGAACGCUUUCCUAUAUGGUAUCUCGCUAAUGCUUCGGUCUUCCAUGCCCUGGAGCCUCUUAAUUUCCCGGUUCCUGCCCAGUUUCCUUUUUGAAAUACGAAGCAGGUCAGUGAUCAGAUCAUGGUGCUCAGGGCAGGGCAGGGCAGGCUCAGUGAGUGAUCAGGUUUGAUUACAUAAUGAUCACUGAUCAGCUCAGGCCGGUCAGGGGCAAUUCAAUUCUAC